AUGAGGGGCAUUGAAGAUACUAGCGAUGGAACUCCCUGUUUCGCGACAAUCACACCCCCUCCGACCUCCGAGCAGCAUUCAGAUCCGAACAAGGGGACGGACUAUGCAACGAUGGACUUAGAUCGAUUUGCAUUCCUGCUCUUCGACAACCUCGAUCGCACACAAUGGCCGCAGAAGAUCUCCGAAUCGCGGGGCGCCUACGAUGCCUUGAAGGCCCAUUUCUUGAAAUACAUAAACCACCCCGACGAUUUGGAGUCGACGGUGGAUCCUCUGGCGGAUGACGAAGAGUCCCCUUGGCAGACACUCCGACGCGACGAACAGAUGCGGGCAGAUAUAGCGCAGGAUGUCGAUAGGUGCUUGCAAGAGAACUUUUUCUUUCGGGAACCUGCUACGAAAGAGAAAAUGAUCGAUAUUCUCUUUAUUUAUUCCAAGCUUAAUCCCGAUCUUGGAUACCGCCAAGGCAUGCAUGAGCUAUUGGCACCUAUUCUGUGGGUGCUCGACAAAGAUGCCGUCGAGGCAAAGUCAUUUGAAGGCACAAGCUCGCCGGGGGAAGACGACGACUUCCUGUUGCAACUUCUGAGUUCGGAGUAUGUAGAACACGACUCGUUUACACUGUUCUGCUCAGUCAUGCAAAGUACUCGGUCAUAUUAUGAGCACAAUCGACACCGAUCCGCGAACGGCCAGAUGGAUGUUGUGCCGAUCGUGAACCAAUGCCACCAUAUCCACAACGAACUCCUGAUGACUACAGAUCUAGAAUUGGCCGACCAUCUACAGGCGCUGGAGAUCUUGCCGCAGAUAUUCCUCACUCGCUGGCUGCGUUUGUUGUUCGGUCGCGAGUUUCCAUUCCAAGACGUACUGGUAGUUUGGGAUGUCCUCUUUUCCGAAGGGUUGCGGCCGGAACUCAUCGAUUUCGUAUGUGUUGCGAUGCUGCUGCGUAUUCGUUGGCAAUUACUCAGCGCCGAUUCCUCGACGGCUUUCACCGUAUUGCUCCGCUACCCCUCUCCUCACCCACAUGAACCACAGAGCUUUGUGCGCGAUGCUGUCUAUCUAGAGCAGAACCCCACACCGGACAGGGGGGCUUUUAUUAUCUCCAAAUAUUCAGGAAAACCGCCAGACGCUUCCAAGCGGCUCGGUCAAUCGCAUGCCCGAUCCUUCUCAGGAAUCAAGUCUCACCUUCGCGGCGACCUAUGGGACACGAGUGAGGGAAGCUCUCCUUCUAGGUCCCCCGCAAGAGAUAGUUCUAAGGGUUUGGAGGCAUUGUUCCAAGAUGUUUCGGAGGGUAUUCAACGCCGCACGGAAACAUGGGGCGUUGCCAAGGCUGUCCGAGGAGCCGUGAGUGAAGCCAAAAAGAACUUGCAGACGAUCCAAGCAGAGCACUAUUCUCGUCAAAGAUACGAUGAUGCUUCUGUUCACACCCCGGGUGGGUCAUACACCCAUGAUUCAGUCGCCGUCGUUCAUCUGAAGACCAAAAUCGACGCCUUGGAGGCGCGGAAUCAAAUGCUAGCAAAGACCCUUAGCCAAGCAUUGAAUGACAUACGGUCGCGAAUGAUGAAAGCCGAAGGACUUGAUACGGCCACUGCCGAUACCGUGAAACAAGCUCUCACCAAAGUGCAAUCGGUUCAGACCUGUCUCGAGAACCCUUCCAGUCCUUUGGCCUCCGGGGGUCGAACUCCCAAUGCAGCUGCAGAUACGGACUCGGACAAGAUAUCAGCCGUACUUCAACCUGGAGGAGGUAAACCGGAAGAUGAGACACGAAGUAGCAACAGCCAGUCUCCCGCGGUUGCCGCCGAGCCACUUGCCAAAUCACCCACUUCGCCCGUCGGGAAUAACUUCAAGGGCCGUAGUCGCCCUCAUGUCUCUUCUUCGAUGCCAUUGCGACACGCAACACGUCCCUCACUUGCGGAUUCCGAGUUCUCCUGGAUGUUGGGUGGUAACCGGCAUCUCUCCAGCUUUGUGAGUCCGGCAUCCGUGCCGCCCGAGCAAACUCGGUACGGCGAGACGAAAGGCAAACCGAACAAUCUCUUCGGCAACGGAGACGACGAGCUGAGAAGAACCGAUGCCGAUCUUGACGGAUUGGCAUUGAGGAGUCUCCGGGGGCCGAAAGGUGGAGAAUAG